GUAGGAGAGGAAACAAAGCAGGGAAAAGAAAGGGUAAAAGGACCACAGGUUAUAAUCUCUAGACGUGCCCCGUUGCUUGCAGAGUUGAGUCCUUCAAUAGGUAAUGUGCCCCGUUGCUUGCAGAGUUGAGUCCUUCAAUAGGAUCUUGAGGCCCAUCUUAGGGCUCAUCAAGAGGAGAUUAAUGGAAGGAAGAGCUCGAAUUAUCCUGCUCAUUUCAGUAAUUUCAUGGACAUCGUUAGCACUAUCCCUAAUUCCAUCUCCAUGGUCCUGCCUGGAAGUUCCUUUCACCGUUCUGGGAAUAAGCUGAGUAAACUUUUCCUUAGGACAACCUCUCCUUUGGAAUUCUCUAAGUUCUGCUUGAAUGAACUCAGCAGGGUACAUGCAAGUAAAUGCUCUGAAAAUGAUGUUCAAAAUGAUUCAUCUCUGUCUGCCAUGUCUCCAUAUCUUUCAUCUGACGGUAGCCAUGCUGAAAUUCAUCAUUCCAAUCCUUUAUCGUCAGCUGUUUCUAUGCCUUCUGCUCCAUCUUCCUUUGGAGAUGCCUUGAUGAACUUUCAGCAUCACAGCUUCAGUAAUUUUUCUGAUCCUGCCUGUGCUACAAGUCUUCCUGAUUCAGGGCUUGGCUCAAAUCUAUUGCACGGCUUGAAAGAGUAUACUGCUGUUGGUUCCUUUCCUCCUGGCCAUGGUCCAUGCUCAGGCCAAACUGGAGUUGGUAAGUAUGAUAAGAGUAGUGUGAAUCCUGAUAUGAUGAAUUCAUCAAAAGGGCCUCAGAUCAGCUCCAGCCUGCCUGCUGAAACAGAGGAGCCUCAGAAGAACGAGCCACUUCCCUUUAUUGAGAAGGAAGAGAUAGAAAGGUUGGACAUCCUUAAGGAUGUGGAGGACUCGUUUUCUGAGUUGGGGAUUUCUUUUUAUGACAAAGAGUGAGGUGGAGCAGAUCUGGAUCUAUCUCUCUGCAACCUUGUACUUUUUUUUCUAUAUGCUUAAAUAAAUAUGUAUGGAUGGGUUUGCUGUACUGAAUAUAUUAUCGGUUUGGUUGAUGGAA